CUUAUCAUUGUGUAUUAUUCUGUUUUUAUUGCAUUUGGCUCUGUUAUCAGUUCAGGAGUACAGGUGGCGCACUUUGGUUUCAGACUCUGUAAUUACACUAAUAACUCUGUAAUUACUCUGCAAUGGGGUUUUCAGCCAGAGCCGGAUCAAGAAGGUCAGCUCAAGUCCUGAUAAGUGGCUGAGGCUCCAAGGUUUCGUGCUUCACACAUGUCAGCUGAUCUCUAUCAGACACGAUUACACAUUAACCAGGUGGUCCACAGGUGUGCAGGACAGGUAAAGCAGCUACAGCCUCGCUCCGAGCUGCAGUCAGUCGGAGUGAAGAUGAAGAUGAGGCCACAGCUGCUCCUGGUUCUGACGGCGGUCGUCUGCGCUGCCGCCAAGCCUCUGAGCAAGGCGGCGAUGACGAGUAACAAGCUGCUGCUGAUCUCCUUCGACGGCUUCAGGUGGGACUACGACCAGGACGUGGACACGCCGAACCUGGACCAGCUGGCUGCGGACGGGGUCAAGGCCAAAUACAUCACCCCUCCGAUGCUGACCAUGACCUCGCCGUCCCACUUCACCACCAUCACCGGCCGAUGGGUGGAGGAUCAUGAAGUCGUCCAUAACUUGAUGUUCAACCAAGAGACGAACCUGAAAGUUCCUCACAAAGAGACGCUGAAAAGAUCGGAGUGGUGGGACAACGGAGCUCUGCCGCUGUGGAUCACCGCUCAGAACCAGGGUCUGAAAACAGCUUCCUUCUCCUUCCCCGGAGGCGGAGCCAACUACAGCGGCCAAGCGGUCAAUCGAGUGCUACUGGAGGAGUCCGGCCACCCCGACGACAAUGAGACCGAGUGGCGUCAGAAGAUCGACACGGUGAUGAGCUGGUUCUCCGAGGAGGACUUCCACCUGGUGACGCUGUACUACGGCGAGCCAGACAACGUGGGCCACGCCAAAGGGCCGGACACGCCGGACCGGAAAGAGAUCAUCCGUCAGAUCGACCGCACCAUCGGCUACUUGAAGGACGCUAUUGAUCACCACAACCUGACCGACGGGCUGAAUGUCAUCAUCACCUCUGACCACGGCAUGACCACAGUAAAGAAGAAGCCGCAGGUAGACGAGGUCAUCCUCAACAAAUACCUGAAUUUAUUCGAGGUCGCUAAAUUUGAAAUUCUCGACUACGGUGGGUUUGGCAUCCUGACGCCACAUCCGGGGAAGGAGCAGGAAGUUUUUGACGCCCUCUCCAACGUGCCCAAUAUCACGGUGUACAAGAAAAAUGAGAUUCCAGAAAGCUUCCAUCUCGCCAAAAGUGAGCGUCUGCCUCCCAUCGUGAUCAUCGCAGAUCUGGGAUUCAACCUGAACUCUAGAUUCAUCGUCUACGUGAAUAAAGGUGACCACGGCUUCCAUAACACUGAGAUGGACAUGAAGACCAUCUUCAGGGCCUUCGGCCCGAGCUUCAAGAGGAGCUACCUGUCCGAGCCGUUCGACAGCAUCCACAUCUACCCUCUGAUGUGCAAACUGCUGCAGAUCCAACCAGCGCCGCACAACGGGUCCCUGAGCGUGACCGAGGACAUGCUGCUCCCCGCCACCACGGCCAAGCCUUCGCUCACAACGCCGCAAGGCUCUUUUACCACAGCUGGAUCGCAGGGAGCUCGGCUGUCCGUGGCUCUGCUGCUGGCCAUGCUGCUGUCCAUGUUCGCCGUGCUGUAACUGGUCCAGGAUCAGUUUGACGUACAGCUGGAUUCAGCGGUUUCCUCAUUUACUUUCACUCUGAAUGUUGUAGCGUUUGCUUCUCCAAUAAACAUGAACAACAUGAACAUUU